GCGCAUCGAUUGUCUGGGGACCACACCGGGCCCGACUUACCAUAAAGAAUGAGCACGAGUGCGCCUCCCGUCCCGGAGAUUAGCCUCUGGCUGGAGCCGGGGCACAUCCAGCUCCGGGCUCAUGGCAGCAAUAUUCUAGGCUCGAAAUUCAAUCUGCGGACAUGUACCUGUGCGAGGGAGAGGGAGAGGGAGGGGGAGGAGCCCCGAGGGAGGAAGAGAGACAGAGCUCGCUUCCAGGCCAUCGCAGCCGCGCCCGGCUCAUCGAUGCGGGUGGCAGCGGACGCCUAUCCCGGUCGACGUAUCUGUGGAACGCCGAAGCCUGGCAGCCAGAGCCAGGGCCGUCGUUCCGAGCUCGCGAGGUGAGAGUGCAAGUGCGAGUGCGAGUGCGUCCUCUUUACUGCAGUGGAGAUGACGCAACUCGUCCCGGACGGCACCCGGCCCGGAUCGGGAGGGAGCAAUUUAUGACCAGUUAAGACCGCGUUCGGCUGUGGCUUGUUGGGCUGACUGCAGUGAGGAUGAAGCAAGCAGCGCUCGGGUGAGGGAGGGCGGCAGCAAUUGAGGCCCCGAGGCCUGCACAGUGGUGGUUUGCCGCAUCAUGGAUUUCAAUUCUGGGUUUAAGCAUUGGUUCCAGGCCUUAAAUCUGGUGGCUGUUGACAGGUCCCGAGCGUAGUAGUCUGUAGGCGCAUCUCCGAUGUAAACAACUACAGGAUCGGCCCUUGUGUCGCAGGCUGAAUCUGGUGCCAUGAGAAAGUAAGUCGAGAACGCCCAUUUUCUCAUUCGAGUUCCAGGCGCUCGCAGUCGGCCCUCGCUAGCAGGAAGCGAGGGGCGGCAGAGGCUAUGAGGGCAGAUUCAGUGGAACCUGCGCGACCUUGACGAUUUAGAGGACGCUCAAUCCUGUCGUUCGGGAAUCCCUGCGCAUAUUUUUAAACGGCAGCCCCUGUGUAGGCCGGAGAAAAAAACAGAUACAUCUUCCAGCGGAGAGAAGGUGGACAUCGCGUGCAUCGAUCACAUUUAUGCUCUCGCCCGUAGAACUGACUGCGGAGGGAAGCGAAGCACCGAUGUCUCCAGUCAUGGACUCGUCGUGAGGUUCCUUCGAUCAUUUGCCCGGAUCUCUCCCCUGGAGGAACACGGACUCUGACGCAUUCCGGCCCAACUCUCAGUUCAUGUAGCCCCGCAUGACUUCAACAACUUCUUUUCCAGGCUGCUGCUGCGACCGCGAGCUGGAGCUAGAGGCGCCUCUCCAAGGCAGGUUCUCGAAUUUCCAAUCUUCAUCAUCACCACCACCCUACAGACUAUGCCCGCACGCAUACGCAUACGCAUACGAUUCAUUGUGUUUCGCCUCGUCUUCAUUCUUUUUUAGAUCACGCUAGUCUCAAUUUUGGUAGAUCGCCAGCCGCAGCGGGCAGCGCAAUCCUGGCCAUGGUGCUCGUCCGCAGCCUGCGAGCGGUGUGGGUCGCCGCAGCGCUGCUCAUCGGCCUGUGUGGCUCGGCCGAGGUCGUAAUUGCUCGAGUGGAAUCGAGGGCGCACACGCACAAGGGCCCCCGGGGGAAGGAGGGCGAAAUCGAGGACAGGGCGUCGGGGAUCAGAGUCGAGCUCAUGCACCGGGACCACGUCGAGUCGCCGCUCCGUAGCGCCAGCGACCUCGUGGGCGUGGAGCGCAUCCGGCACGACGUGCUGCAGACGGCCGCGCGCGAGGAGGUGCUGCAUCGGCGACUGCGCAAGACGGCCGUGCAGCCGGCGGAGGCGCGGCCGAGCCGGAAAGCGCUGCAGGUGCAGGUCUCGGUGACGGAGAGCAUCGCGCUGCCGGUGGGCGAGCGGUGGCGGCUGCACAUCCAGGGCGAGGAGACGGCCGGCGAGGUGGGGUACGAGUCGACCGUGUCGAUGACGGGUGCCGGUUACUCGAUGAAAAUCAGCAUCGGCACGCCGCCGCAGACCUUCCACGCGUUCGCGGACACCGGCAGCGACCUGCCGUGGGUGCAGUGCAUCCCAUGCAAGCGGUGCUUCGUGCAGGCGGACCAGUUCUUCGACCCGAAGCAGUCCGCGACGUACCGGCCGCUGAGCUGCUCGUCGAAAAUCUGCCAGCGGCUCAAGGAGCAGCAGAACUACGCCGGGUGCCGGCCGGGCUGCCGCUACAGCUACUUCUACGGCGACCAGACGCACACGAACGGCGACAUGGCGCUGGAGAGCCUGACCAUCCUGACGACGGACGGCGGCAGCCUGACGGUGCCGCGGUUCGCCUUCGGGUGCGGGCACGACAACGUCGGCUCGCUGAACCAGACGGGCGCCAGCGGCAUCAUCGGGCUGGGGCGCGGGCGCUUCUCGUUCCCGUCGCAGCUGCGGCCCUACAUCGGGUCCAAAUUCUCGACGUGCUUCGUGAACCGCGAGCUGGCGUCGCAGAAGACGAGCCCGCUGCUGUUCGGCGACUCGGCCGCCGUGUCCGUGCCCGGGAUGCAGUACACGCCCAUGGUGUCGGGCAACUACAGCGCGGCGACGUUCUACUACGUGAACGUCGAGGGCAUCAGCGUGGGCGACAAGCGCAUCGACAUCGCGCAGUCCAAGGCCGCCUUCUCCAUCGACCCGGGCACGGGCGAGGGCGGCACCAUCCUCGACUCCGGCAGCACUCUGACCUCGCUCGUCAAGCACGUCUACUAUCGCGUCAUGCACGAAUUUCUCGUCCAGGCCCCGAUGUACCCGCAGGUGAAUUUCAACAAAUACGGCCUGGACUUGUGCUUCGAGGUGUCGAAAAUCGCCGACCCCAAGCUCCCCACCCUCACCUUCCACCUCACGAACGCGACCUGGACCAUGCCGCAGGAGAACAUCGCGCUCGUGAUGCGCGACGGCAACGACGGGGUCUACAUGUGUGUCGCGCUCACCCAGUCCAAAUUCGGCGUCAAUAUCAUCGGGAACAUCCAACAGCAGGACUUCCAAAUAGUUUACGAUCUGGCGAAUUCGCAGAUAGGUUUUGCAAAGGUCAAAUGCGACACCUUGUGACCCUGAAAAAUCCCAAUUGUUUCCCCUAGCUAGGCAGACUGACCUCCAUCCGGCCUGUAAAUUACCUGUAGUAAUAGCUGAGCUUCCACCAAAAUUGAGACCGUAGUAUGUAAAAUUCAUUUAGGCUCCCCGUUUGAAUCCUUGUGUCGAAAAGAAAUUAUUCUUCUCAAUGGGCAAUCACGCUCAGUGUCGGAUAGGUAUGUUGAUUCGAUGCCUGGAAGGAGUCCAGACAGGCCAUUCGUGUACAGAUACAUAGCGUCGUCUAGGCCAGCCAUCUCACUACCAUUCGACGAUUUCGUCAGCUAGUUAGCCUCUGGCAAAUCUAUGUAAGAAAAGAACUGUUCGAAGCCACCCGCAGUUACAAACCCGCCAAGCCAUUUAUUAGGGAUGCUAAAAAAUGUCGCUUCUCCUUCAGGGACAUAAGGCCUCUUGGACCAGCCGCAGCUGGCAUCAUCAGCUCGCACCUGCAACUCCCUGAGCCCUGCCGAGGGAGGUGAGCUUCUCACUUCCACCGCAGGGUGGGCGCUUAAAACGUACCCUGAGCUUAGUCAUUCCCGGACCUCGCCGAGGGUGAGUGCUUCGUUCUCUGUUGUGUCCGUUUUGAGACGAGAUUUCAGCAACGAAAAUUGAGCUUGCGUUUUUUCAGC